AAUACCCGCACAUCUUCGUGCGUGUGUACUAGCAUAGCAUAUAAUUGAAAUCAUUUAAUCUAAUUUAAUUUCUGAAAUAAGUCUAUUUUUCGUCUAAAUCUUGAAAGAACUCCAUUUUUCGUCUGAAUCUUGUUCUAGAGAGAUUAAUUUAGAGGAGGUAACUUCAGAGUUUCUUCCGAAAGAACAUUCCUUGAUGAUUACGUGGGCAGUCAUUCGAUUGCUUUAAUUUAUUAACCGCCUAUUCCUUCCACUUGUACAGCUUCUGCUGUCAUUGGAAUUUACAGAGGGAAGAAAUGAAUGGAAAGAAGAAUGGUGGCAAUAGUACUCUUCUGUUGGUGAAGAAAGAAAGCAAUGAAGAAGCUGGAUUGUUAGGAGGGGCAACAAUGUCUUAUGAGAGUGCAAACGAGAAUCUCAAGGAGCUGGAUCGACUUCGGAAGGAACAGGAGCUCAUCAUCGCAAAGAUCAACAAGAUCCAUCAGAGGCUUUCUCAGUUUACUCCGGAGGUUCCUGAGAAACUUGAUGCUUUAUUGCCCAAACUACGAGCAUUAUAUGUCAAGGCAAAAGAGCUUGCGGAAAAUGAAGAAAAUGUAUCUAAUGCUUUUAUGAGCCAGUUGGAUGCUUUGUUGCAACCUGGACCAUCUUUGCCACAUCGAAAAAAAUUAGUUAGUGAGCAAAAGAGAAAACGGAUAAAAGCUGAUGCUGAUCCUGCCAGGUUGACAUCAUCAUCUGUUACGUUACGAGCACCACCUGAGCAUCUAAAUGUUCUUAUUGGCGAUCAGGUUGCUGCAAGAGUUACUUCUGAUAAUGCAGAUAAAGACGAAUGGAUAGUGGUGAAAGUGACACGUUUUGACAGGGAAGCAAAUAAGUAUGAAGUAAUUGACGAAGAGCCUGGUGAUGAUGAAGAGAAUGGUCCCAGGAAGUACAAAUUGCCACUCUCAUGUGUUAUACCAUUCCCAAAACGCACAGAUUCUUCUACUGCAACAGAAUUUCCAACUGGCAGCCAAGUCCUUGCAGUAUAUCCUGGAACUACUGCACUUUAUAAAGCAGCUGUAGUUGGUUCACAUCGCAAGAGGAAAAGUGAUGACUAUUUGCUUGAGUUCGAUGAUGACGAAGAAGAUGGAGUUGAUGGUCUUCCAAAAAGGCCUGUUCCAUUCUUUCAUGUUGUACAGCUUCCUGAAGGCCAUCGCCAGUGAUGCACAUCAGACGUCUGAAGAAGUAUGCUCACUGUUAUGUAUGAUAUUUUAUAAGAAUAUAUGUAAAAAAUCUAACUGCUCAGGGCUUAACAAUAUUUGCCCUGGGACCAUUUAAAGUGGAAUGCCAAUAGUUUGUAGGUGUACCAUAGGUCAUGCAUUCAUGUUUUGUGUACCAUAGGCCAUGCAUUCAUGUUUUGUGGAGUCCCUUAGUUUUCACAUAUAACUGUGGGUAUACCACCCAGAAACAGAGUUUUCCAUUGCCAUGGGACCCCAGCAUGUAAGAAAGGUUUCCUCUUCUCCUCCAUUUCAAGUAUUGAACAAGCUUUGGCGAACAUUGAAAAUAUUUUUUCAAUUAUUUUAUUAAUUGAGAUAUUGUCAAUAAUGUGUUUAA